UACAGAUCCUGGCACAGACUUGGCACCGGAGCCUCUGUCCUGGGCAGCCUUCAUCAAUGUGGGCUGCUCCCAGCGAGAAAGCAUACCGUUUUCUGUAUGCAGCAUCCCUCUGGUCAUCUAAAACGGUUCCAAGGAGCUGAGUGGACACGAUUUCAGUGAAGGGGUUCUGGGAAUCCUUGCUACCAUGAGCUGGAGACAGAGGUCAUGUUCUGCUCUGGGAAGGUUAGAAACUUCCCAGGAUAACAGCAUCCUGAUACCAGCAGCCAUCCUGAGGGAGCCUGUGAUGCCUCGAGCUCAGACAUCUCCCACAAGGCCUCAGCCUUCAAGGGAGUCCGGCCUUCAGAGCGUGGAGCCCCCUGCCUGGCUGCUGCGGGCCUGCCUCACUGGAGAAAGGAUGCGUAGCCACUCAGUCAGCACUCAGGAGCCUACACUCAGGAAGACACCUCUGCACCAUGCAGACCUGACCCAGAGUCUGAGGGCUGAAAAGAUUGAGCAUCAAGUGACCUUGGAAGAGCUACAGCACUUAAAUGCCCUCUUUGAGGAACAUGGGAAGAGAGGAAGCCAUCUGCUGGGUAUGGAGACGUUCAAACGCAUAAUGAGGCAGUGUAUGAGGUCGCACAGACAAAGUAUUGGACAAAUAGAGCAACUUUUCAUGAAAAUAGACUACGAGGCAGUGGGGAGCAUCCAGUGGGACGGCUUCUGCACAUACCUGCAGCUAGAGUACUCCGAGCAAGCCAAGGCUGCCGCUCGGAGGGCAGAGGCUGCCCUCCUGCUGCCUGCCGUCCAGCAGAGGCUGUCCUAUGGGAGGCCAGUGCUGCGCAUCCUCUCUAUGCCUGAUGACACCUUAAUCACCAUCCGAGAAGAUGGGGCUAUUUAUUUCUGGUCCCCGCAGCUGAAGCUGAAAAGGAAAAAGCCAAUUUUCGGCAAAUCCAGCAGCCGGAAGUCCCAGUGGGUGACAGACAUUGUCAGCAUGACACAGUAUAACAAGCUAAUCAUAGGGACUGGGAGUCGGGAGUUGCAGCUGUAUGAGCUCUCGAACUUGGAACCUUACUGUCAGAUUGGUGGCCUGGAAGCUGUCCCCCUGAAACUGGACUACUGCUCAGUGGAGCAUGACAAGUGCCUGAUCCUCUAUGGCGACGACCAGGGAUGUGUGAACAUUCUGGUUUUGGCAUCUGUAGGUGAACUAUUAAGAACUUGGAAAAAGAUGCCUAAAGUUGAGGACAUGCCGAGCAUCGCCAUUCACAGCGCUGCAGCCUCUCCAAACGCAGAGUACACCCGCUGGAAGGUGCACGGAGACUGUGUCACUCAGCUGAACUACUAUGACUCUAUAAACGCUGUCAUUUCCAGUUCCAAUCACGAGCCCACAGCUUUAGUAAUAGGGUUCGCUAUGGGAGCGACAAACGUGAAGAAAAAACUAGAAGAAAUAAGGAAUGUCGGGAAGACUGUCAAGAAGGGGGAAAGCUCAGCAUCGCUCGCUGUGCCCCGAAGGCGGGCAGAAUGCCAUCACACUGUGUUCAGCAUCCAUAAGGGAGUCAAGGCAUUCUCCUUCUGUAGGGAAAAAAACCUGCUGGUGACGGCAGGGAUGGAUCGACUCGUCAGGGUCUGGAAUCCUUAUCUGCCUGGAAAACCAACAGGUGUGCUGAGAGGCCACACGGCUCCUGUGGUGUAUGUGCACAUAUCUUUGGAAGAAAGCAAAGUGUUUUCCAUGUCCACUGACAACACUGUCAAGAUCUGGGAUCUGGAGACCCAUGGCUGCUGCUUUACGGCCUCUUCCAAAGCCAGUGGCAUCAAGGGAGAACUCUCGGCCUGCCUCUACCUCCCUGGACCUAGAACCCUGUGCGUGGCCACAGAUGCCCUGGCUUUUCUUCAUCUGAAAGUGGGAUCUGUCCCAGAGCCCCACCUGGUGCAUUCCCACCAAGAGCCUGUGGUGUGCUGUAGGUACAACCCAGCCUUCAGGCAUGUGGUCAGCUGCUGUGAAGCAUCCGUUGUGAAAGUGUGGGACUUUGACACGGGAAGACAGGUGUCUGAGUUUAUUGGGUGUCAUGGCGUCACCUGUCUGACUUUUGACUCCAGCGGAAGAAGGCUCGUUACUGGGGGCAGAGAUGGCUGUCUGAAAAUAUGGAGCUACAACAAUGGAAAUUGUCUCCACACCCUUCAGCACGAUGGACAUCAAAGUGAGGUCUGUGACUGUACCUACAUGGAGGUGAACCAAACUAGGUGUGCCGUAGCUGUUGGAUGGGACAGAAGAAUAAAUGUAUAUUUUGACACACCUCGUGAUUUUCAUCAUUUCUGGAAGCCUCAACCCCGCUGGCAGGAUGACCUGAACCAUGGGCACAAAGAGGACAUCCUUUGCGUGGCCCAGUGCCCACCUUUUCUUCUGGCCACCUCCAGUUAUGAUGGAGAGAUAAUAGUUUGGAAUGUCGUCUCAGGCCACAUGUACUGCAAGCUGAACCCUCCCAGUCCCAUGGAUGGCCAGGACCACAGAGACGGCCCAGACAGAAGUGUAUCUCGACUGGCCUUCCUAAAGACUCGGGCAAGGAAGCUGGACUCAACAGCUGCUUCCCUCAUCAGCAAUGGGCCCGGAGGUUCUGUCACUUUCUGGAAGCUCUUUAGUGGUGCUGGCCUCAUUGCAAACUUCACUCCGUCCAAAGGGAAAGCCCAGGUGAGCAGCAUCGUGGUGACGUCAGGAGACACCCUCACCUACCUGGCCGACCAGCAGGGCUUUGUGCAUGUCUAUGACAUCCAGGAGUACGGCCUCCGGGGACCAGAGCUGCAGGCUCCCAAGACGGUGACAUCCUGGAGGGCUCACGUCAGCAUGGUGACAUCUCUGGAGCUGAUAGAGGAUGAUAGCAUCUUACUGUCUUCUUCCCUUGACCGCACUGUGCGCCUGUGGAGCAAAGAUGGUGCAUACAUAGGGACCUUUGGGCAGAGUCGCCCCUGGGAUGUUUUCACCCCUGCCUCCUGGAGUCACCCAAGAGUGCCCUUUGAGAUUUUGACAGACCCUCAAAGCAUGCCCACCCACCCAGUACUGGAAACAGAUAUUCCCGCUGGGUGCUUGGGAGGACAGCAGGAGCGGGACAUUGUGAUGGAGGAGAAGGUCCUGUCUGAGACUGCAAAGACCCAGAACCUUCCCUCCCCAGGAGGUCCCACUGGUGAAGCAGAGGCGAAAGAAGAUAAAAGCCCCUGGUCUGCGUUUUGCCACGGCAGACUGCGACCAGCACAAAGAAAGCCUCGCUGGAAGGUGCCCGAGCUCAAAUGGCCCAGCAUUUACCAGGCCCUCCAGUGCCAUGAGGUCCCCUGUGUGUCUGCCCUCGGGGAGAAGCCAGAUCUGUCCCUCAUUGGCUCCGACAUGUUCAAGCGGCCAGGAGAGAGAAGCAGAGCUGCAGGAAAGGAAGGGACCCUCAGCCUGGGGCAGAUUCUUGACUGAGUGCUAAGGACCCUGCCUUCCUUGCUUGGCCAGUUCUUUCCUGUGUAAUGGAAAAGGUCUAACUGAGAUUAGGCUCUGUCCUGUGGGAGCAAUGAAGGACAAAAUGAAGAAAUGAUCUCAGCCCAGGUGGGCUCCUCCCGAAGCAAUCAGAGCUGAAAUCUCAGAGAAUAAGUCAUCACAGUGUUUUUCUGGGAAGUCAAUGUUUCACUGUGUGGAGAAAAGACAAAGCAGGUGGUCACAGCCAGUGGCCCCCAAACAGCUCCCCCACUGACCACCUCUGAGGAGGCCGAGGAUGGGGCAGAGCAGGGAGUUGCUGGGAAACAGAUGGUAGUUUGCUAGUGUGCUUUUUGCAGGGAGGCCUGCUUUCGGACAGAUAUGUGUGGUCUCCCAUCCAUUCCUAACAGUUCCCGGGAAUAGACACUGUUAGCAGCCGCCUUACCAAGGAGGAAAUGGAGGCUUCCCGAAGUCCAUUGCUAUAAGAGAAGAGCUCUAUCAGGAGGGGCUUGGCUUUUUCUCCACCCCAAUACUCAGGCUAGUGUGGCUCCUAGGAGCUGGGGAGGGGGGACGGGUCCCUCGGCCCAGUACAGGUGGCAGAUCAAAGGCACUGGGGGCUAUUCUGUCCUCUUCAACCCUGACCACUCCUGGGCUACCAGUGAGAGUUCUGCAGACUAAAUUAUGCUCCUGGUCCUGAGAGGAUAGGUCACUGUGGAUAUUUCUGGGGUCCUUAGAAAAGACAAAAAGAGAUACAUGGGAAAGAGGUGGGAGAGGAGGAGAUGGGAGGUAGGGUGGCCCCCAGAGGCUGGAAGAGGCAGACAGGAUACUCAAGAGAUACCUUGGGAGUGUGUU